AUGGGGUCAUCCUUUGCCAGGUCAGCGGGAGAUUUCUCGGAUGGCUGUGGUUCCGCGCCUGCCGCCCGAUUUGCUCCCUCGUCGGUGGGUGGUGGUAGACCACCUGCUCUCUCCCUUCUCCUUUGCCUCCUGGUUGACGUAUGCUGGGGAGCAGAUGACAUCAAACGCGCUUGCCCUGGUGGCGACUGCUCUUGCCGAAGCCAGCCCCGGAGGGGUCCCGGGGCCCCAGGUCCCAGCCCUGCUCCAGGCCGCCUCGGUGCUGGCUGGGCGCGCAGCCUCUGCUUCCUCCUCGCCGGGGUAGCGCCGGCAGCGGCGACGACCGCGGGACCCUCAGUAUCACCCUCCGCGUGGCCGUGCCCCUGCAUGCUUGCGCCCGCGGCAGCUGCAGGCGUUUCGGCGGACUCCGCGGCGGCCGGCGUCGACGGUUCGAUCGGGGAUUGGUCUUACCGCCCCACCACCUCAGCUACAGCCGCAGCAAUCACAGGCGCUUCGAGAGUUGGCGGGGAUUCUGCCCCUACUGGCGCCGGUGAAUCCGCCAGUCCCGGCUCCCCUUGUAACUCCUCCGCAGCCGGCCCCUCCUCCGACAGUGGGAGCAAGACUAAGCCGUCGUCAGAGGCGGCAGCAGUCCCAGCAGCAGGCCGGCGCGACAUCUGCCCCAACUCCGUCGAAUCUGCCACCACGGCCACAAGCGCCCCCCCCCUGCAGCCUCACACCUGGCCCCACAGCAGCAGCAUCCUCCCAUAA